GGGGCGGCCCGGCGUCUCCUCCGACUACCUGGAAGGGCCCCGUCGGGCAGGCAAGCGAGGCCGCGGGCCCGCCGCCCGCUUUCCUCACAGCGCCUGCCGAGGAGCCUCGCUCUGCGCCCCAACAUGGCGGCGGGGCGCUGCGGCCCGCUGCUGACGGCGCUCCUGGCCGCCUGGGUCGCGGCGGCGGCGUCGGAGGCCGGUCCCGAGCAGGCCGCGCUGCCGGAGGAGCGGAGCCGGGUGCGGCCCAUGACCGCCGCCAACUGGACGCUGGUGAUGGAGGGAGAGUGGAUGCUGAAAUUUUAUGCCCCUUGGUGUCCAUCCUGCCAGCAGACUGAUUCAGAAUGGGAGACGUUUGCAAAGAAUGGUGAAAUACUUCAGAUCAGUGUGGGGAAGGUAGAUGUCAUUCAAGAACCAGGUUUGAGUGGCCGCUUCUUUGUCACCACUCUCCCAGCAUUUUUUCAUGCAAAGGAUGGCAUAUUCCGCCGUUAUCGUGGCCCAGGAAUCUACGAAGACCUGCAGAAUUAUAUCUUAGAGAAGAAAUGGCAAUCAGUUGAGCCUCUGACUGGCUGGAAGUCCCCGGCUUCUCUAACGAUGUCUGGAAUGGCUGGUCUUUUUAGCAUCUCUGGCAAGAUAUGGCAUCUUCACAACUAUUUCACAGUGACCCUUGGAAUUCCUGCUUGGUGUUCAUAUGUCUUUUUCGUCAUAGCCACCUUGAUUUUUGGCCUUUUCAUGGGUCUGGUCUUGGUGGUAAUAUCAGAAUGUUUCUAUGUGCCACUUCCAAGGCAUUUAUCUGAACAUUCCGAGCAGAAUCGGGAGUCAGAGGAGGCUCACAGGGCUGAACAGUUGCAGGAUGCAGAGGAGGAAAAAGAAGAUUCAAAUGAAGAAGAAAACAAGGACAGCCUUGUAGAUGAUGAAGAGGAGAAAGAAGACCUUGGCGAUGAGGAUGAAGCAGAGGAGGAAGAGGAGGAAGACAACCUGGCUGCUGGUGUGAAUGAGGAGAGGAAUGACGCCCAGGACCAGGGUCCCCUGAGAGAGGCACAGGAAGACGUAGAAGCUGAUGCGACUGAAGACGACGUCCCUCAGCAGCGCUCUUCAGCUGACACAGAGGUGGCGGAAGACACAUUGAGGCAGCGCAAAAGUCAGCAUGCUGAUAAGGGACCAUAGGUUUAAUGACAGUAUUUCCAAGAAUACAGACCAAAGGAAUAUGUUAGCUUUCCUCUGGUCUGCGGUUUAAACCAAAUCCUUAUUUUGUCCUGAAUGAGCAAGCUUCUCUUACAAAAAAACAAUCUCUAGUCAUGUAGUCUCAUGGCAUUAAGCCUCAUGUAUAUUAAUGAGAAUUUCAGGCAUGACAAUCAGGAUACAAAAAAACAAAGGUGGUGUUAGGAUCUGUUUGGGGACUUGGGAUGGGCACAAGUUUAUUUACUUGGGGCUGGAGAGAUUUGACCAGAGGAAACAACCCCCAGCCCUCAUGAGCAUUGUUCAUAGACGAGGCUGCAGUCUCCAUAAAAUGAAAGCAGAGCAGCCUGCGCAUCCUCAAAGGGUAGCAGAAGUCUUGCUUCCUCUUCUUGUGUUAAGUAUUUAUUUUUGUCAAACUGUACGAAAUGCCGGGCACCACUGUACAGGGACACUGUUUUAGAGAGAGAAAUUGAGAGGGCCCUGGAUAUUAUUGUAGAAAAGAGCUUGGAAUUCAUCCCAACUCUCUAAAUCUCGUUUUUUAUGUUUUAUUUCUUACCUUUCACAUUUCCAGCGUUCUCACCAUGGGCCUGCAGGCUCCCCGCAGUCUUCACAAUACUUUCUCAGUGAGAGGACUCAGGCAGCAGCUGAGUUGACAUCAGCUGCAUUUAUUCUGACUUUAGAGUUGACCUAAUCAGGAACCACAGCUCAUGAAUCUAUGAUUGCCAACCAUCUCGAGUGAAAUGUUGUAACUUUUGGAGAUUCAAAAGGAAGUAGGGAUUUUACAGGAGAGACUUUUGUUGUUGUUUUUUGCCAAAAUUUAGUAAUUUUUUUUCAAAAAGUUCUUGGAGCAAUAUUCUUUUUGAAGCCAGAAGUCUCCUAAGUGUUGCCAGUACAAGGUAGUCUUGUGAAGAAAACUCAAAUACUGUGUUGUUUUGUUUCCAUCUCAAGGGGUUCCCUGGCUCUUGAACCAUUUUAAUAAUAACUAAAAAACCAUUUCUGGUUUUCCUUCAGUGAUGUGCUUUUGGUGAAAGAAUUAAUGAAAGUGAAUAUCUAGAAAUGAAAGAUUUGGUUUCGUUUCCUUCUUCCUUAAUCUUGUAAAGAAUUUUAUCCCUGUAAAUCUCUCACUAGUCAAUCUACUAAAAGUACCCCAGGGGCCCAAUUUCUUUUAAAAAAUCUGUCCAUCUACUUCUGCCUUACCUGAUUUAUGUCUUAGAAUGAAUUCAUAAAAUUAGAUUCCAAGCUUAUGAAAGAUGUCUGAAGUUGAUCCCACACCCCUUGGGUCCAGACAGAAUAAUAAGUAGUACAGGUUUAUGAAAUUCAAAAAGUUUCUGUCAUCUUUAAAAAGAAAUAUGCAAUAUACUCCUAUCUGGCUGUUUAAAUAACCCUUGCCUUGUAUUAACUUUGAAUACUGGCUCACUGGAAGAGGGGGAGGUUCUGAAACUCUCUACCCUGGUGUGGUUGAAUGAGUCAGUUGCAAGCCUCACACAAAGGGAGUUUUUAUUCUGACAGAAUCUAGUUUUUAGAGAUGGUUAUUUUUCAUCUUUCCAGCUCACUUACCUGACAGUCUCAUCCCCCCAGUACGGUGAGGUUCAUUAAGAGUCACCAAUAGUUCUUGUCUUCAGAUAGGAACAUGACCUCAAGUUUGAAGCCAUCACUGAACUGGCAGACUGGGAAAACCUUGACUUUUGCUCAUUACUGUCCCUCCUGGCAUGAGGUCUUUGACACAUCCUCUCCCAAAGCACCACGAUUCUGAUGGCGGCAGCUCCAUCUCCCUGAUACCAGGAAGCCUUUCUGGACCAGAGCUGAGCUGGGUCUACCCUCUUGUCACUGGAUUUCUUUCUCUUAUAAUCAGCUGGAACAGUUUUCAAAGAUCAUUAAGUUCAACUUUAGACGCAUGGAAUAAGAAAGGUUUCAUAGUAGCUUUUCUGUAUAAUGCACCCCCCCCAUAUUGAAAUAUUUGGGUUUUUUUAAGUGGAGUAUUUGACUAGAGGGGAAGGAAUGAAGAAAUACAAUCUGCUUUGGCUUUUUAUAAAUGUAAGGCCAAUUUCCACUUGGAUCCCAAAUAGUACCUAAUUAUGUAAUAAGAAAAAUGUAGUUUCUUUCUCAGCAACACUUUAAAAAAUUGGCAGAAGAAGAGAAAACAGUUUGGAGAAGAGGAUCCGUUAAAAAUUGAAGUGUCUGGCUAUGGGAACCAUUUUUCCCUUUUUUUAACAUCGUGGCAAAAGAUAGGGUUUUUACUAAAUGGCUUGAUAAGUACACAUCUAAUUUAAUUUCUUUCCAUUUGAGGCCUUUAGGUUUGUUUUUAAUACUUAAUGAAUAUAAAACUAAAAGAGAAAAGUCAACCUAAAAUAAUUUAAAAUUAGAUUAACAUUUCAAUAGGAUUUUAUGGAUUUUUCCUGUAGAUAAUAUAUUUAAUCCAAAAGUCAAGUGCAUGGAAACAUGAUUUUGAUUUAAAAAAUAAAUAAUCAUGCUUCCCUCUAUCGCAAUAUCAGUUAUUUAAGUACAGAAUAGAAUUUUGUAUAAAUCAAAAUUAGGUAAAUAAAAGUAAAUGGAUUUUGGAAUGGGGGUGCAGUGCUUUAUGUGUGAGUAGUUGGAGCAGGAUGCCUUUUCACUGAUUAGAAGGAAAGUUUGAAACUUCAGCUACCUUUUUCCGAGUUACUUUUAUUAUUCUUGCAAGAAUAAUAUUCUGCAAUUGUUCAUCUCUUGCAAGAUCUACUAAACCACCCCAAGUUGCUGAGAAAGUUCAAAUUGAAGCAACAUAUAGGUAGUCCCACUUCUUUCCUUCCCUGUGGAGGGUAAGCAUUGAAUGGGGUGAGAGGUGGGGCGCUUUGAGUUCACAGGGCCACGCACUUGCCCUGCGUGGGCGUGUACUUACAACUGAUCUCGUGCCUGUGAUCCCCGUUAGCCACCGGCCUCUGUAACUACACAAAGGAAUCCAAAAUCUCUACUGUAAUAAAAAGUAAACAAGCUGUGGCUGGGUUGGCUGUUGACAAUGGAGAAAGCAAAAUUUUUACUUUUUUACGGCUAAAACCCUCGUUGAUCACUAUGGUGUUGCUACAUGAUUUCGGUAUAUAUAAGCCUGCAGAGCCUGCAUCCUGGAAUACCUUUGGAGCAGGUGAUAAAAAUGUCUUUUAAGUAAGUACUUAGUAUGUGACUUUUUAUUACCAAGUCCUUUAAGAGUGGAGCCUGUAUGCUGCUUUACAGAAUGGGAAACAUUAAAGACUCUAUUAAAGGUAGAAACAAUAGGGUACACCUGAGAUUUCAGCAUAAAACCUUAAAUUGGCGUGAAGGGAGAGAUUGGUGCUUUUGCUAAUGUGUAUUGAUAGUUCAUCUGUGUCCUUCACUUCAGUGUUGAAGUAUUAUUUUGCCAGUAUUAUAAAUGUGUGAUUGACCCAUCCUGUCAAAUAUAACAACAUUUUGGAAAGUAUUCAUGUAAAUCUUUUGUGCCAACAGAAAAGUUCCUUCUUCUUUAGUAUCUCUUCACCUCAGUCCUACAUUUUGCUCCUCUUUAGAAGGUUAUGGCUUGUCUUGAAAAACCAAAUGUGGAGUCAUCAAGUCUGAAGAACCCCGAUGUGGUAGCUUUUUGAGCAUCUUUCCUGAACCAGACGGGUGGGUUGAAAGGCCUUUGACAAUUUCAGACCAGGAUGUGGCCUUCAGAUGGCUUCUUCUCAGUAAAGUUUCAUGUGAACUGUAACACUGUAUAUAUGUGAAUCAUACAACUUGAACGUUUCUGUGUAGUUUAAUCAUAUUUGUUACUAAAUAGCUUCUUCAUGCAAAUGUAAUUUUUAUACUAAAAAUACUGUUUAUUUGUAUUGCAAUACAUUAUAAAUUUGUUAUUCA